GCAAAAGCCCGUAUUACGUCUGCACGUGCCCCUUUUCAAAAGUCAAGCCGCAACGUAUAUAUCUGCACCCGGCCGAAUACAAACACUUCAGCUCUUACGCACUCAUCUUUUUGACAUCUCUAUCAGUCUGUCUUCUAUAUAUACCUAUUUGCUAAUUAAAGGCAGUUCCCAUUAAUCCCAUCUAUCCAUUAAUCCUUAAACAAAACAAGCAGAAACCCAGUAUGACUCUCAAGAUUGUAAUCAACCAUAUGACCCCAAGGUGCUUCAAACCCAGCGGGACUCCCUCUCCCGUUGAUCAAUCCACAAAGAAUCAGCAAGAAUCCAAACACCCUUCUUCUCAGCGGAUAUCUGUUCAGGAUCUCAGCAACCAUGGAUGGCCUUUACUAUCUGCCGGCUACCUGUCUUCCAACUCUGUCAUUGGUUCCAACCUCACUGUCUUCACCCUUUCUGAGCUAAGACUCAUCACCAGCAACUUCUCUGUGCACAAUUUUCUUGGAAUGGGAGGGUUCGGGCCGGUCCAUAAAGGGAUCAUUGAUGAUGAGCCUGUCACGGUUAAGCGGCUGAAUUUGGAGGGAGCUCAGGGUCACCGCGAAUGGCUGGCUGAGGUUAUUAUGCUAGCUCAACUGAAGCAUCCAAAUUUGGUGAAAUUGAUUGGAUAUUGCUGGGAGUCAAAUGAUAGGCUGCUGGUUUAUGAGUACAUGAAUAGAGGGAGUCUAGAAGAUCUUUUAUUUGGAAGGCAUCGUGCUUGCUUGCCAUGGAUGACUAGACUUAAAAUUGUACUUGGGACUGCAAAGGGAUUGGCUUUCCUUCAUGAGGAAGAAGUACCGGUCAUAUAUCGCGACUUUAAGGCCUCAAAUAUCUUACUAGAUUCGGAUUACACGGCAAAACUUUCUGAUUUUGGUCUUGCAAGGGACGGUCCUGAAGGCGACAAGACACAUGUUACGACUCGUAUUGUGGGCACUCACGGUUACACAGCACCUGAGUACCUCAUGACGGGGCAUUUGACAUCUUUGAGCGACGUUUAUAGUUUUGGAGUAGUCUUGCUCGAAAUAUUAACGGGGAGACGUGCCAUAGACAUGAGGAGGCCUUGGAGAGAGCAACACUUGGUGGAAUGGGCCAAGCCUUAUUUGAAGAACAUACAUAAACUUAACAAAAUUAUGGACCCGAGGCUAAACGGUGAGUACUCGACCGAGGAAGUUAAGAGGGUCGCCGCGUUGGCUCACAAAUGCUUGAGCCACCACCCCAAGUUCAGACCUACGAUGAACUAUGUGGUGAAAAGGUUGGAGCAUGUCUUGGAGUUGCAAGGAAUACCCUUUGAGCCAUUGAUUUAUGUUCCCCCAUUCCAAUCCCAAAAAGAUGUGAGUAAUGUGAAGACAAAUGAAGAUGAAACAGAAAAGGUACAAAAUGAGAAAUCUUUUUGUGAAGAUGAAGAUAAAGUAGUUGCUAAAAAGGAACACAUUGUCACAAAUAUGGACCGGGUGAAUUAAAGAUAUUAUUUGGACACAGAAGUGUGUGUGUGUGUGUGUAUAUACAUGUAUUGAUGUAUAACAAUAUAGCUCAAUAGAACUCAAGAAAUUGUAUUAAAGUUAGUGAGUUUGUUUAUUUAUUUUUUCUAUUUACAAAAGAUUGUACUAUCCGAAACAACAAAGAUACGAGUGAGCUGAAAAUAUUGUUUUGUUAUACUUUUUUUACCAUGAUUUUA